AUGCUCAUAAUCUUCAUGUUGUUCGCUGUUCAGCACCACUUGGUUCAUAGCGAAGAUAUUUGCGAUUCUAUCUAUUGUGGUUCGGGCAUGUGCAUUGAAACACAGAAUCCUACGCUACCAUACUAUUGUCGAUGCCAAAAUGGUUCCAACACGAUACUACCGUGUCCAUCGGAAGAUCCAUGUGCACAAAAUCCAUGCGGUCAAGGUACUUGUGAAGUUGUACCAAAUUUGCUCUAUGGUUAUGUCUGUCGAUGUGAUGAUGACACUAUUACACUAACAAGUUGCAAUAUUACUCGUGAUGUAUGUGCUUCGAGUCCUUGUGUCAACGGAUUAUGUAUCGAAGGCUUAUCCAGUUUCAUAUGUGAUUGCUUACCAACAUGGACGGGAAGAUUCUGUGACACGAGAAUACAGUUAACUUGUCCAGACAAUUUAUGUGAUGCAGGCAAAUGCUUUCCAAUCAAUGACCCAUCAUUUCCAUACGUAUGCUUAUGUUCAGAUGGAGAAUUUGCCACAUCAUGUUCAAGGACUUCUGCAAAGUCAAGUACGACUUCAAUCGUUCCUCAGGCCAGUACAUUUUCUACAGACGUAUGCAACCCAUUGAACCAUGAAGGAUGCCUGAACGAUGGUCAGUGUCUUAUUGGACUAAAUGGUAAUCGAUGUUUGUGUGUGUCUGGUUACACUGGACGUAACUGUGAAACUUUAACAAAUCCAUGUGAAUCCUAUCCGUGUCUCUAUGGUGGUAUAUGUUACAAUCUUCAAUCAUCGUUUAUAUGUGCCUGUCCAGAUGGUAAUUUUCGAUCACAGUGUUUACCAAUUUCAGUUGCAACAAACACUACUGAUACGAAAAUCUGUCCCUGUCGAAAUGGCGGUACAUGUUCAGAAAUCGAUCCACAAACAUGUACAUGUCCGAAUGGUUUCACUGGUCGUUUGUGUGAGAAUAUUUUAUAUAAUAGUUGUCGAGAAGUUAAAUGUUUGAAUGAUGGCACAUGUUAUGAAAACUCGCCCGACAAAGCCUAUUGCUUAUGUAAACAAGGGUACACAGGACAGUUUUGUGAAAUUGAAUAUUUUCGAUGUCGUUCCAACGGUCGUUUUACGGAUCAAUACAAUUGUAUAAAGGGCAAAUACUUCGAAUGUGUUCAUUAUUACGAAGAUGGGGGAAAAACAAGCGCUCAAUUAUUAAGUCGGGAUUGCCCGUCAUCCCUGCGAUACAACGUAUUCACAGAUCAAUGUGACUAUCCAAGAAAUGUUCGAUGCUGA